AUGGCGACUCGGGACAGAACCCUGACACCGCGCGCGGUCAGGUCAUUGAUUGCCGAAGGACACAGCAUAGUCAUCUUCGAAGACAGCGUGCUGAAGCUCGACUCCUGGCUCGAGAAGCAUCCCGGAGGUCAGCUCGCUAUCAAGCACAUGAUAGGGCGCGAUGCGACCGACGAGAUCAAGGUGAACCAUUCGGCGGCCACACUCAAGACCAUGAAGGCUUUUCGGAUAGGCCGGAAGCUAGCUGGACCCUGGACCAACAUGACACCCCCAAUCAGAGGCGGCGUCUUCGUCAAGGAGAAAGACGAAGAGGAAGACUAUCCCCCGUCUUCUGCCUCCGACACGGACACGGACCUGGAUACCGCCGACGAUAGCAUCAGUCUAGCGUCCGACCGGAGCUCCCUGACUUCUUCCACCUCGCUCACUGCCGACUCCGUCAGCCACCUCCGCCAACGACGGCUUCCCAUCCACUUCCAUGACGCCGAGCUGCCCGCCGAGGGCAAGGAUGAGGCUCAUGGCAAUGUCUACGCCAUGUCUGCUGCAGAGUACACCGAAUUCGCCGUGCAGCAGAAUGUAGAGGAAUCCCGUAUCGACUACCCGUCGCUAGAUGCGGUCGUGCAGCAAGACAUCGUUCGCCGAUACCGAGCCUUGCAUCAACGUGUCGAAGAUGAGGGUCUGUACGAUUGCCCGUACGUCGAGUACGGCAAGGAGAUGAUCCGUUAUACUGCCCUAUUCGCGGCAUUCAUGGGAACUUUGUACUACGGCUGGUACAUGACGUCGGCUGUCUUCUUGGGUUUCUUCUGGCAACAAAUCAUGUUCACUGCUCACGAUGCCGGGCAUCGGGCUAUUACUCACAACUUCGUUGUGGAUACCCUCAUUGGCAUAUUCAUCGCCGACUUCUGCUGCGGCUUGUCGAUUGGCUGGUGGAAAAGCAGUCACAACGUGCAUCACCUUGUGACAAACGCACCGGACCAUGACCCCGAUAUCCAGAACACGCCGCUCUUCGCAAUAGCGCCUCAAUUCUUCCGAAACAUCGUAUCUUCGUACUACGGCGGCUUCGUAUUCUAUUGGGACGCCUUUGCCGAUUUCAUGAUCCCCAUUCAGAAGUACACCUACUACCCGAUCAUGGCCGUGGCGCGUUUCAACCUGUACAUGUUGUCAUGGUUGCACGUCCUGUCGAAGAGAUCCUCAGGACUCGGCACGGCGAAGUGGAUCCGGCCUACCGAGAUUGCUUUCAUGACCAUCUACUGGUACUUCUUCGGCUACCUUCUGCUCUGGUGCUCGCUGCCAGACUGGAAGAGCCGCGUUGCCUUUGUGCUGGUGUCCCAUAUCGCCACCUUCCCGCUGCACGUCCAGAUCACCCUCUCGCACUGGGGCAUGUCUACCUCGGACCUGGGCGAGUCUGAGUCGUUCCCCCAACGCCAGCUGCGCACCACCAUGGACGUCGACUGCCCCAAAUGGCUCGACUUCUUCCACGGUGGCCUGCAGUUCCAAGCUGUGCACCAUCUGUUCCCGCGAAUGCCGCGACACAACCUCCGCAAGGCCCAGGUCUUGGUCCGCGAGUUUUGCAGAGAUACCAACAUUCCCUACUCGAUUCUGGGCUUCGUGGAUGGCAACCGUUAUGUUCUCAGCCAUCUUGACCAGAUUAGCGAUCAGGUCAGGAUCCUGAUCAACUGCCAGAAGCACAUGGCAAAGACGGGAGAGUCGGGACUGCACUAA